AUGUCCCGAUUUUCGCAGUACAUGAUACAUCCAAACGACCCGCAGUGGCAGACACAGCAAAAGAAAAUCAUUCCCAGCCAUCUGACCAAGAGGAAGCCAGAAAUCAAGUUCACAGAAAACGACGAUUUUUCUUCGUCGCCGUCAUCGCCCUUCACCUCGCAAAGAUCGUUUGGAGUCAACUUUGGAAACACCAAGCAGGGCUCUGAGGUCCCCAUCGUCAACGGAGCCGACGACCUACCGCCGCAAAAGUCGCUGUUUGAUGUUUAUGAGAAUGAGGAUAACUCCAGCUCGUUUCCCAAAGACACGGAUUUGAUCAAGGAAGACCCUACGAGGUUUAGGAACAUCUUCAGCAAGAAUACAGAGAAGAAGGAGGAGAUCAGUCCCGUCAAGAACGGCGACUCUGCGGUGUUAGUUUUUGGAUUUGUCGAGUUGGACGAGGUACUGGUCCAUUUUGAAAAGUUUGGUUCUAUUUUGGAGGAUUUCCGCAACUCAGGCUUCAAGAAGAAGUACCCCAUCUUUAUCGGAAAGCAAUGGGUCAAGAUCACAUACGACAACCCAGCCAGUGCCGUGAGAGCUUUGAGAGAAAAUGGCACCAUUCUGGAUGGUGCCGUAGUGGGCGUGAUACCUUAUACGAAGCAAUCGCUAGAACAGCUGCUGAACUCCAAAAUUUCAGAGGAAGAGGACAUCGGUGAUACUUUCCACUCAGAUCUUGGGAUCGGGAACCUCAACUUGGACACCAAGCAAGAAACUGGGUACAAAAUCAGAGACGGCAAGGAUCUCUUCAAAAACAAGCCUUCAAAACCCCAGGUCGGGUUCUUCGCACAGAUGCAGAACUAUCUCUUUGGAGCAAGCGAUAUAUAG